UCUGGCAAUUUUCCGGAAAAAAGUUAACUUCGAAACUACCUGAGUUAUAUAUUCUUAAGUUUGCCUGUACAAGGAUGCUUUAUUCAAAGGACGAGAUAACGUGAAAGCUCUAACGUGGUUUAGAGCUCAGACAUGCAUAAUACACGUUCAAGAUGAUUAACAAGAUUGCGGUUUUGGCGCUUGGUUUGGGUUUCAUGUUUUAUCGUCUCCAUAUUUACUGCAUUGUUCGUGAAGAGAAAGAGGAAUUACAUUCUUGGUUGAAGGAAUACAGUCUUCUGGAUUAUGAGGCUAAACUGCACAAAUUCGGUGUUCUCUCCAAAACCAAGUUCGCGACUCUUGAUGCUCAAAAGUUCCUAACCCGACAUGGUUCCUUCUGGGGAUUUUUCACGUUCAGUACAGAGAAGGAAAGGCUAGAAUUGGCUGCACAGAGGGCCAAACAUGAGCUUCAACUUCAUUUCUUGCUUCAGGAACUUUCUUUGCAUAGUUAUUACACAAAACUGCUAUCACAAGGAAUAUUCAGUGUGGAAAGUUUACAUGAAAAUCUGUACUCUGUUACGUUAAAGGAGAUCUUUGAAGAUGAUGAUUUGACAAAGCUUAGAGAAGCUGUUCAAAAGCGAGAGGAUUAUUUGUUCGAGGAUUCUCUGGCUGUUAAAAGUGCAACAGCAAUAUUUUCCUUUUCGUGGUGGAGUAUUCAGUUUAUUGGCAAGAUGUUUGUUCUCGUUAUUGGCUCUAUAGUAAGUGUCAUAGUCAUCUGUGCUGGAGUCUUCAGAAUAAAAACCAAAAGCCGACAGCACCAGUCUUCAUUCUUUCGAUACGUGCUUGGUUUACCUUUGGAACCAAAGUUCACCAAAGUCACAUGGGAAUGGAAGGACCCUCAUGUUGUCGGAGAAUCAAUGUCAUUCUUUCUAAAGUUUUACAGGAUGAACAGCACUCCAUACCCUGUAUCUCCUGAGGAUUACAUUCUUGUUGAAAUCAUGCACAACAACACAUUUAUUAAGUCGUCGUGGGAAUAUGGUGGUGAAAAAUGGGCACAAGGGAACAUCAUGAAAGUUUCUUUUACUGUUAGAGAAGCUGGAAUUUACACAAUUUCUGUUCUUGUACAGGGGACACUGAUCACAGAGAGACCAUUCACUAAAACAUUUUUACCAGGUGCUGUGGAUCCAUCAAAGUGCAGCAUUUUAGAGGGUGGAUCAUUACUAGAAGUUCAGCAAGGGAUAUAUGCACCCCUAACUGUAGAGGCUCGUGACAAGUUUGGCAAUAUUUGCCCACUGUCUGUCCAAGAUAUUCACUCAUAUGGUGUUGAAGUAACAGAGAUUGGAAGCAGUGCUAAGACAGAUCCAGAGCUAGUGAUUCUCCCAGAUGGAUUUGACAAGAACAAUGUUCUUCACAUAAAACUGGAUAAUGAAGGUUGUUUUAAUGCAGUGGUCAGGUACAAUGGAGUGCUGCUGAACCAAGGAGAGCUGACUGUUAUCUCACUCAAUUGUAAGUGUUUACUUCUGUGUUUGGGCUAAUUUAAAAUGCUUAAC